CGAGUUUUCCAAACUCACGCUGUGGAGUGAAUGUCCAAGCUCCUGCCUUUCUGGCGUUCACCACCUAGGGGAAGGGAGGGGACGGUACCGCCUCCCAGCUCUGGCUUCCAUCCCCUUCCGCUGCUUCUUGGGGAGGCGGGGGACGGGGUCCGCCCUGCGCGUGAUCCGUGAUUCCUGGCCCCGGCCCCUCCCCCCGGGUGGAGCUUCCUCAUCACCGCCAGACUUAAGCUGAGGCCCAGUGGAUCUCUGCCAGUUGCGAAACUGAGCUCAGCUCACGCUACUCUGUUCACGCUCUGUGCUUUUGCCGAGUUUCCCCAGCGAUAAAACGAGUUCCUACAUCAGAGCUGUAGCGAAAAUCGAGUGCGCCCAGCACAUAUGAUGCACUGGGGCAAUGGCGGCUUCCUGUGUCCUCCUGCACACUGGGCAGAAGAUGCCCCUGAUUGGUCUGGGUACCUGGAAGAGUGACCCUGGCCAGGUAAAAGCUGCUGUGAAGUAUGCCCUCAGUGUAGGCUACCGCCACAUUGACUGUGCUGCUGUCUACGGCAAUGAGACUGAGAUUGGGGAGGCCCUGAAGGAGAACGUGGGACCGGGCAAGGCGGUGCCUCGGGAGGAGCUGUUUGUGACAUCCAAGCUGUGGAACACCAAGCACCACCCUGAAGAUGUGGAGCCCGCCUUCCGGAAGACGCUGGCUGACCUCCAGCUGGAGUAUCUGGACCUGUACCUGAUGCACUGGCCUUAUGCCUUUGAGCGGGGAGACACCCCCUUCCCCAGGAAUGCCGAUGGGACCAUCCGCUAUGACUCAACCCACUACAAGGAGACCUGGAAGGCUCUGGAGGCACUGGUGGCUAAGGGGCUGAUACGGGCACUGGGCCUGUCCAACUUCAACAGUCGGCAGAUUGAUGAUAUACUCAGUAUAGCCUCUGUGCGACCAGCUGUCUUGCAGGUGGAAUGCCACCCAUACUUGGCUCAGAAUGAGCUAAUUGCCCACUGCCAAGCACGCGGCCUGGAGGUGACUGCUUACAGCCCUUUGGGCUCCCCUGAUCGUGCUUGGCGUGAUCCUAGUGAGCCUGUCCUGCUUGAGGAACCAGUGGUCCUAGCACUGGCUAAAAAGUAUGGCCGAUCUCCAGCUCAGAUCUUGAUCAGGUGGCAGGUCCAGCGGAAAGUAAUUUGCAUCCCCAAGAGUAUCAAUCCCUCUCGUAUCCUUCAGAACAUCCAGGUGUUUGACUUUACCUUUAGCCCAGAAGAGAUGAAGCAGCUGGAUGCCCUGAACAAAAAUUGGCGAUAUAUUGUGCCCAUUCUUACGGUGAAUGGGAAGCAGGUCCCAAGGGAUGCAGGACACCCUCUGUACCCUUUUAAUGACCCAUACUGAGACCACAGCUUCCUAGUUUCCCUUCCAGCUCUCCAGUGAUGAGGUCCUGCCACCCCAGAAAGAGGGAGUUAAUAAAGUCACUGGAACGUCAA